AUGCAAAAAAGUAUAUAGUCAUUGAAUGACUCAUAAUUAAAAGCUGAAAGAAAGGGAAUUUAAAGUGCAUAAGAUCAAUACUUUUCAAGAAAUGAAUCAAACUUGAACUUCGAGAAACUGAAGGGAAUUAAAGAUAAUUACUAGGAAUAAAGCAGAUAUAUAUUUGGCAAGAGAAAAUUAUCAAACCAAUCAAAUGCGCCAUCAGAAGCUUUAUCAAUAAGUCAUCAGAGUCAAUCAAAUAAUUCAACUCUGUACUAGAGAUUUAGUAACAUGAAGAAGCAAAGGCAAUUAAUCUCAUCACGAUAAGUUGACAGUUUUUACCCUAUUUAAGUCAUUGUAGAUAACAAAGAUCUUCAUGAUAACAGUUUCGAAGAUUAUUAGGACUCCACGGCUUCGAGGAAAUUAAACACCUUCAGAAUGGAUAAGCUCGAUACUUAAUAAUCUGCUAUCAAUUAAUAUGACUUGCUCAGAAGAUCCUUGAAUGACUCAAAUAUCUCUAAAUACAAUACUUCCUCUUAAGCGUAUUAAAGUGAGCAACAGUACCAAUCAAGAGUAAAGAGUGUGAGAGAUCUGAUCAAGACCUAUCGAGUCAAGCAACCAUUCUAAAUUGAUCCUAAUAUUUCCUACACAGAAAUUUAGCAAUAAAAUGAUUGA